AUGCUCACCCUCCCCCGCCCCACGGGCCCGCGCACGUACCGCGCCCUCCGCCGCCGCGUGCACCUCGCGGGCUUCCCCGCACUGCUCCCGCUCCUCGCGCCCGUCUUCGCGCGCCCAGUGCACGUACACACGCACGUGCAUCGCGUCCGCGGGCGGUCCGACCUCGAUCCCGUCCAAGUCGGCUUGCUCCUCCUCGACCGGCUGGCGUUCGUCCCCGCCACGCUUGGCGAGGCAUAG